AACAAUGUUUUGGUUGCUAAUGAUAGUGACCUGUGUAGUGUGGGUGGUGUACAACAAACUUGAGAAUCGUAAGAUUGUGGAACUGUCCCGGAAACUACCAGGGGAUUUACCAUCGUGGCCCAUCCUUGGACAUGCUUACUUGCUGCGAGGCAGUGAUGAAGAUCAAAUGAAGGUGUUCCAGAAAUCCGGACGAUUAACAAUAAACCGCGGGGGGCUAGCGUCUUACUGGGUAGCCAACCGACUCUAUAUCAUGGUAGCAGAUCCAUUGGCUGCAGAGGUCAUUCUAAAAAAUUGCUUGGACAAGGACUACGUCAUGAAGUUCCUGCAGUUUCUCGUUGGGAAUGGGAGCAUUUACGCACCAGUAUCAAUAUGGCGUCCUAGGAGAAAGCUUAUAGCUCCUACAUUCAGCAUGAAGAACCUGAACCGGUUCGUGGAGGUGUUCGCUAGGCAGAGUGCAGUGAUGGUGGACCAGAUCGGAUCCUCGGCUGGACGGGGUACCUUCUCCGUGUGGAAGUACCUCACCACUUACACGUUUGACUCUGUUUGUGAAACCACAUUAGGGGUCCAAAUGAGAGCCCAGCUAAGUCCCAACCAAGCGUUCCUAGACGCCCUGGAAGAGAUCACACAACUAGUGGCUACUCGCAUGGUGCAGCCCUGGCUCUAUGCUGACAGCGUGUACACCCUUCUUCCUCAGUACAGGCGGGCCGAGAAGUGCCGGAGGCUCAUGUAUGAGUUUGUGGAACAGGUCAUAAAGACAAAGAGAAUGGAAAUGGAACAGAGAGCUAAGAUAAAUUCACGGCAAAACCCAGAAGUGCUCAGCCCACAAUCGUUCCUCGAGAUGCUUCUAGAAUCAUCUCAGCUAACUGACCACGAGCUUGCGGAAGAAGCACUGGUAAUCAGCGUCGCCGGUACGGACACUUCUGCUGUUGCCGCUUCUUUCACUAUCGUCAUGCUGUCGAGGCAUCCUGAGGUCCAGGAUAGGGUGUAUGAAGAGUUAUGUGAAGUGCUCGGAGACUCCAACAUAGGUGUAACGGCUGAAGAUCUUCCAAGACUGAAGUAUUUGGAAGCUGUGAUCAAGGAAACACUGAGGUUGUACCCACCGGUACCGAUCAUAGUGCGAUCUGUUGAGCAAGACACUGACCUACCGUCCGGUCUCACCCUGGUGAAAGGAGUUGGCAUAGUCAUCAACAUCUGGGCGACGCACCGUAACCCUCGCUAUUGGGGCUCUGACGCGGACCUGUUCAGGCCAGAGCGCUUUCUGGAGCCACUGAAGCAUCCAGCGCAGUUCAUGCCCUUUAGCUAUGGCUUAAGGAACUGCUUAGGUUACCAAUACGCCAUGAUGUCCAUAAAGACGGUUCUAGCCAGUCUCUGCCGCAAGUACCGCGCUCUGCCUCCAGAGGGCGCAGACCAGACCACCCUCAAGGAACCUCUGAGGGUCAAGUUCGAUAUCAUGAUGAAGGACGUUCAUAAAUUCCAAAUACAAUUAGAAAGUAGAUUUUAAA